UCCAUUUGGUUUGUCAAAUACGAAUCCUUCAGGCGUGUCUAAGAAAGUAAGUUCUAUCCCCCCUAAUAAUUGAAACAGUUCCUUUGCCUUUAUAAAUCCAUCCAUUCUCAGUGUGGUUGUCAUAUUUUCCGAAGAUUUCUGUCUACAUGUAGACAUUCUGAUCCCUUUUCCAGCAAAUCGCUUUUGUGUGUUCAAAGGAUUCUCUGCUUCAUAUGGUUUCGAAUUCAUUUUCAAUAGAUUUGGCAUAUCAGCUAAUUUGCCGUGCAAUACAGUCUGCUGUGGCAGAAGUUUCCUAUACCGACCUUGCCGAAUUAAGUUACAAUUAAAUCAAUUAAUUCACUAUUAUAUUCUAUGAAAUUUGUAAAAAAAAAUUAGUGGGAUACAAAAUUAAUAGUUGCGAUCACUUUUCAGUCACCUGCCCCCAGAAGCAUCAAAAGGACAAUCGUUCAUAAUAUUACUAAGGCACAUCUUCUACUCGAAUAUUGCAUUGUCACAGCAAAUGAUUCAGUCGUUUUGGAGCAGCUAGGAAAUAUCUACAUCUUGACAAAUACAUCUAGGGAUGUUUCAUUAGAACAAUGAAGGUCCAAACUCUUCUCAUUCUCUGUUGGGCCAUCUCAGUUUGCUAUUGCGACAACCCAGACCCAACACCAGCAGUAACAUACAUGCCUCCAUGGACCAGUACUUCGAACUCUGCCCAGGUAGUAUUCUGCAACAAUACACAUUUCUGCCGCACAAGAAACCCUCCCUGCUUUGAUGCCCCCGUUACAGAACACUUGGCUUGCUACUGCGAUACACUAUGUCUCAUCUUCGACGAUUGCUGUAACGAUUAUGAGGAGACGUGUCUUCUCGAAUAUGGAACCACUACUACAUCGGCCACAGACGAACCUUCCGUUACUAUAGAUGUUGAAGAUCUUUUGGGAUUGCCUCUCGACAGGUAUGAAUGCAACACCAUUUCAUACGCUCCCAAGCCUUCUAAUACAGGUUUUUGGGUAGUAUCAAAAUGUCUGCCUGGUAAAGACGAGACUUUGAAGUCCCAAUGCGAAGACACCCUUCAGCUCCCUUCAUCGAAAAUGAGCGACGGCGAAUUUAAAGCUAAAUAUGUACCCGUUACUUCUAACAAGACGAAUGUGGCGUACAAAAAUCAAUUUUGUGCUCAAUGCAAUGAUGAUUAUGGUGAUGUGUACUGGUAUCUUAAGAUUGUUGACAACAUCAAUGCUAGUAAGGACUUAGGUAAUUAUGCACUAGAGAGAAUGUUUUAUCUGUAUGUCGUGUCGUACAGGAGUGUAACGUGGUAUCCUCCAAGCCAUGUCUACACGAAGCUCAUCAGAACAUGUAUCAAUCUUGAGGUUACUGACCACGCUGACUGUGGAGAUUCCUUCACAAAGCAAGAAGGAGAUGACUGCAAUAGUGUCACUGCUUAUGUUCGAAUAGAUUAUGCACGACCCGAUCAAGAACAUUUCGAAAAGUCAUUUUGCCAGGGCUGUGAAACCAAUAAAGCCUACGAUGUCUUGUGCACCCAGGACAUUCCUACUGCUUUGUAUAAAGUAAAUCAGAAAGAGACUGCAUUAAAGGAACUGCAUCUCGUGCCAAUAUCAGUCAUUAUUGACUUCAUAGGCUCCUCUAAAGUCAUCGAAAUGGAGGAGAAACGGAGGAGAUUGUAACUGAGUGUCCAUCUGGACAUGUGUACGACCCUAAUGCAAAUGUGUGUAUACAUCUAUCGUGCUCCGAAGGAUUUAUCAUGGCCAUCGAUACCUGUGUUCCAGAGAUGGGUCCUCUCAACCAGUACUGUCCUGAUCAAGUUCAAGAGUGGUCUUUGGAAUUUCACCCUGAUUCUCGACAAUCAUGCGAAGGCAAGUUCUCUUUAUUACUGGGAUGUCUCCAAGAGAAAGGUAUUUCUGUAGAUGUGAUAAAAAUCUUAGCAACCUAUAGCAAAUCAUAUUUACAUUGCCACUACAACAUUCUGGCGAACGUGUCUACGAAUGAAAAAGAUUCUAAUUGGACAACACUAGAUGACUACAUGGUCCAGAUAAUUGCGACUCCAAAAUCCCAGUUUUAUGAUCAUUGUGUCAUUCUUAAUGCAGAAAGAUAUAAAUCAUGCAAGACCGCUCUUGAAGACCGUUGCACUAUUCCGCUGCGUAUAUUUCCCCUAGGUGCCACUCAGUUCAGUCCAACCGGAGUGAAAAAUUACUACGUCAAUGAACUUGAAAAGUGGUAUUCUGAGUACAUGGCCAUUGAACGAGUCACUUAUAAUGCAAACUACACCAAGGUGACAUCUCUAUUUGUUUGUACCGAGAAUUUGCUCCAUUGUCAGUUUGUGACACUUAAUCAAUCACUGUUCUCUGAAAUUCGCAAUGGAACCAAAGAAAUUGAAUACAAACCAACUGGUAGAAUUUUCUCCCCAGGAGAAUAUUUACGAAUUGAUAAUGGAUACAUCCGUGUUUGCAAUUUCUUCGGCAACGUAAGAGUUGAGAACAAAACUUCUGUGACUACCUAUAUAUCAUUCUCUCUAAACCAAUCUAUUGUCAGCACCGUGGGUUGCUCACUGUCGCUCGUUGCGUUAUUUCUGACUUUCCUAACGUAUGUGCGCUUUCGAGCUUUGCGCCGAUGCGUAUGUAACAAGUUGAUCAUGUGCCUCUGUGUUGCUCUUUUCACUGGGCAAUCAUUGCUCCUCUUGGGUGGACUGACUAAAUUCAACGUCACUCUCUGCACCGCAGUUUCAUCGUUGACGCACUACACUUGGCUUGUGGCUUUUGCAUUGACUUUCAGCUUAGCAUACGACCUCAACCGCACCUUCGGCUCUAAGACGAUCAGCCGAAGAAGCGAGAAUGGAUCAAAGAUUCUCUUUAUGUACCUCUCCAAUUCAUUCGGAACCCCACUUCUUGUCGUCAUUCCUUGCCUGAUCAUCCAAAUUCAGAAAAGAGAGACUGUUAUUUACGGUCGUGAUGGUAUCUGUUGGCUUUCUGGAUAUGUUCCACUGAUGCUAUCAUUUGGUGUUCCUGUGGCAAUCACCCUGUGUCUCAACAUGGUUCUCUUUGCCCACACAGUGUUCUCAAUCUUCAAGGCCAAGCGUCUGUCAAGAAAACUACUCCUCCAUCAUCUGCGUAAGCCAACCUACACUGAAAAUAUGAAAGAGCUGCUCAUCUACUUUAAGAUUUCGACUUUGAUGGGAUUUACGUGGGUGAUUGGUUUUGUCGCCGCCUACGUUAGGACUCCGGUUGUCUGGUAUAUCUUCGUUGUCCUCAAUUCCCUCCAAGGUACCUUCAUCUUUGCGGCAUUCAUGUGCAAUCUGCGAGUCUGGCAGCUGUGGAUUAACGGAAUGCCGACGAAAUCUUCCUCCAUCAUGUCCAUCCCAAAGUCGUCCAACGGCUGCGUGGAACCGGCUGCCAAUGCGCUACAUUAUACCAGCACUGAUGGGGAGGUUGUUCGUACCAUCGAAAGUUAUGAAAGCAAGACUGACAACGUUAUAACACGAAUGUGAAAUGAUCCGGAAAACAGUCUCUCCACACACCGGGAACCUUAAUGUCAUGAACAAAGAGGACGAGGGGACAACUGCCCCUGUGGCAUUUCAAGCGAUAAAAUUUAAGAGAGAAGAAUUAAGAAAAAAAUGUGAAAAAAUGUUCCUUGACCAAGUCAGAAGUGUCAAUUUGAUAUCAGUCUAUAAAAAGAGAACAAUAACCAUAUGCACUGACGUCAUUGCGCCGCCGUCUUUUACCUUGUAUGCGUUGGUGAUCUGCAGCUGGCGCAUCUCUGACAACUCUGUUUACGUGUAUCCCUAUAUACUUAUAUACCGUGUUUAUUGUGAUCGGAUUUUGCAUCGGCUCGCGGUUCUUAAUCGGCAAUUUGCACCACCAAAGAAGUAGGUUCAGAACCGCGAGCCGAUGCAGAAUCAGCUUUUUUACUACGUGUAAACAGAAAGCCGCUUCUGCAUCGGCAAUUGGUGCACAUUUCAUUUACUGUAAGAUUAUGAUCGUUCUUGUAAGCGCACGUAUCCAGCGUUGUCUUUAUUAUGACGUAUAUUGUUGGUGUGCGUAUCAUUUCAGGUUUUUGCCAUGCAUGCGAGCCAAUUUGGAGCCAAUUAUGCACCGCAAGCUGUACAAUAUAGCUGUGCAAUAUAAACCAAACGCCGAUUCUGCAUCGGCUUUUGGUUCUGAACCAAAAGCCGAUCACAUAUGUAAACACGGUAUAAGUGAAGGUGCUAUGUGAUUGUGCGUAAGGUAUACCGUUAAGAUAAUAGAAACCUCUAGAAAGGCUACGAUAUUCUACAAGUAUAAUAUGCUGUUUUGUGGGUAACUACACUUUAAAGGUCAAGCCCACCCCCAGAAUAAUGUUGAUUUGAAUCAAAGAAGCAUAAGGCUAAAAAUUGGAAAUCGGAUAUGAUACCCCAAUUUUUCAAAACAGUUCUAUGCACAAGUCAGUGGUAUGCAAUGAGACAGUCGAUGAUGUCCCCCACUCAUUAUCGCUUUUGUUUUUUAUUCUUUGAAUUAUACAAUAUAUCAAGUUUCACAGAUUUGGCAAUAACGACCAACUUGACUGAAGUAAACAUGUUAAACAAUGGAAGUUCCACAUGUUUAAGGAGGAAUAAAUCUUUGUUUCACACGACAACGAGGAAUUACACAUAAUGAAACAGAAAAGAAAUGGUGAGUGGUAUCAUCAGCACCCUGAUUUGCAAACCGACCAGGAUGCGCAUAUAUUGUUUUGUGAAAAUAAGCAAAAAUUUGAAAUGUCAUAACUUUCUUAUUUUACAUCCGAUUUCG